ACGAUGUGGAUGCGUGCUUCUCAUAACCAAUCGCUGUGCGAUUUAUGUUGCAUCCAUGCAGCUCUCAAGAUGUAAAUGAAUGACGUUGGCAGGAUGAGCACACAGAGGCGCUAAGAGAGCAUUCAACAGUUCCGCUGCAGGUCAGAUGCGCGCUCGAGCUCGACGGACUGAUCCAAACGGAAGCUGCGUGAGUUUAACGGGAGGAUAUACUCAAUAAAGUAACAUUCCUGUCGCUUCAAGAAGAGAAGGGGAGAAACAAAGAAUGACAGAUAUAAUGAACAACCCAGAACACAGUCGGGAAGACUUCACUGUGAGUGACACCGCAGAGCAAGGCGUUUCAUUUCAGAUUUUCCCAGACACACAGGAGCGCCACCCCAAGGUGUUCAAGCGCUUGCCCUCCAUCGUAGUGGAGCCCACAGAGGGAGAGGUGGAGAGCGGAGAGUUACGUUGGCCCCCAGAUGACCUGAGAAGCACAGACCCUUCCGGCCAAACACACACACCCAUGUCAUCACAAACCCAGAUAUCACACAGCCAGAGUACAGAUGAAGUCAAGUGCAGCAGCCUGGAAACAUCAGGGGCAGCUGAGCAUAACUGAAAUCUAAUAAAUACGUUGUCACAAGUCUAUCAUUAUCACAAGUCUUGGUUCUCACAACAUUUUCUCACAAAGCAACACAAGCAGCCAAUCUGGCAGACAGGUGUGAAUAAGAAAAGAGCUCACAGUGCUACAUCUGAGCACUCUUCAUAACACAUUCAUGGCUUUAAAAAGACACUUGAAAGUCUUUUGUACUUUUUAAGAUUAAACUUGUGAUAAAUUUUAUCUGUGGCAAGUGGCUUUAACAUUCUUACAUUCCCUUCAGACUUGAAGGCUUAGAUUGUUUUUCCUGAUGCAGAAAUUCUGGUUAUAAAACUCCUGCAUCCAUGUACAGUAUCCUCUACAUUUAUGUCUACGAAUAUACUGAAAAUGUGUAGAAUAUGGAUGAUACACACACACACACACACAAAAUAAUAAUUGUAUGAGCAGUUAAAAAAUAUGAAUGUGCAGAAUAUUGUUCAAAAUAAACGUAUAAAAAACACAGUUCCUGGAUCUCAAGUAAGAAAUGUACGGUUAGAUAGCCAAUAUUGCCUUAUUAUUUGACCAGCUGAUUAUAUUAGUUCACUUAAUACAUGGCUACUUAUCAAAUAAAUGGAUGUAAAAUACUGAAUUAAUUAAAUUAAUUUAACAUGUGAGAAGUCUAAGAUCACAAAGUGAUACAAAAUAGUAUUUGGACACUUUGCAUAUCCAGUCCAAUCUAGUGAGAGAUGUAUUGAUUUGUUAUUAUGCCCUGCUCUUUGAUAUAUCACAGAAGCCUGUGAAUACAUAGUCUAAAAAGAUUGCAGUGACCACUGUGAAUCUUGCACUUAUGUGAAAAUGAUUCAUUACAUGCUUUGCGGCUGAAAACUUUAUGCGAGGAGACCCCAUCCUCUCUUCACACAAUCUGGCUGAGGCUUGUGAGGAAUAACUUCUGCUGAACUUUAAACAUGUCUGUCUGUAUGUCCGCCUGAGGACAAGGACUUCCUUAUAUCUACAAGCCCUGUAUGACUUUCUGCAGACUUGAAAUUAUUAGAGGCGUUUGUGCACAUAUACACAAUAUUUUCAAAGCACAACUGCAAGAGUCCCACACUGGAUUACAAACAGAGACUGCUUUUUAGACAGCUUAAUUCAACCUCUGGUUAUAAAUAGUCAUUUCUUCUAAGACCAGCCUUGUGUACUAUUACUAUUUUCUGUCUUAGGGUUAGGAAUUCAAACAGACACCUGUGCUUGAGUAUUAUAAAACUAGUUUGAACCGUACAACAGGCAUGGAAGAUAAGCCAAAUAAUGCUGGGAAAUACUGGGGAGGCCAACUUUGAUUUUGUGACUGCGAGUAUUGCACAUACUGUACAGACAUAAGUCACUUCAAUUAACAUAAUCUCUAUUUUAACAAUAGUUAAGAUGUUGUAGUAAUACUGAUUCUUAAACCACUUCACAAUAUACAUUGCACUCAUGAUAUUUUCUUAGUAUCUAAACCCCAUAGUGAAACUGCUUUGAUGUGUAUCAAUGUUUAUAGCAUAUAUUUUAAAAAUCACAUUUUGUCUACUGUAAUAUUUACGUAAUCCUGUAACUAAAGCAUUGUGUUCACCACUUCCCAUCGCUAU